AUAAUUUUAAAUGUGUUUGGCUUUAGAUGAUGAACCAGAAGAGCCAAAGCUUACAAUUUUAACAAAACAACACAAGAAUGCAAUUCGAUCUCUAAGAAAAAUUAAAUAUUUUGUCGCUCGAAGAAAAUUUAAAGAAGCGCUUAAACCGUAUGACGUGAAGGAUGUUAUUGAACAGUACUCUGCCGGACACGUAGACCUCUUGGCCAGAGUCAAGAAUGUACAGCAAAGAGUUGAGAUAUUUUGUUCAAGUAAAAGGAUCAUUUUCAUCGAGCUGUAUAUCGAGAAUGCGCGAUCGACUACGGCAACCUUGCGCAAAUUCAAGGCA